CCCCGCCCCUCCCCCACCCCCCUCUGCCCCUCCCCCACCCGGAGCGACCCCCGGCAUGAAGUACCGGACUCUCGGCCGCUCGGGGCUGCGCGUGUCUGUCCUGGGGCUCGGUGCUCGUGGGAUUUUCGGGGCCGGGACCUCGGAGGAGGAGGCCGAGCGGGUGCUGAGCGCCGCCUACGAUUGGGGGGUGACGCUGUUCGACACCUCGGGGGCCUCGGCCAGGGUGGAGAAGUCUCUCGGGCGGAUCCUGAGGAGCAAAGGAUGGAGGCGCUCCAGUUACGUCAUCACCGCGCGCGUCCACUGGGGGGCGCCACCCGACCGGGGCCUCUCCAGGAAGUUCCUGCUGGAAGGGCUCCGGGGGUCCCUGCGCCGCCUCCAACUCGAUUACGUCGACGUCGUCUUCGCCGGGCCCCGCCCCGGCCCCGCCCCCUGCCACGGAAUGGACCCGACCCUGCGGCUGCUGCGGCUGGAAGAGUUGGUUCGUGCCAUGAGUGACGUCAUCGAUCAGGGCCUGGCGCUCUACUGGGGCACGGCCGGGACCGCCCCCAAUGACGUCAUGGACACGUUCGCGGUGGCCCGGCAGCUGAACCUGGUGGCCCCGGUGUGCCAGUGGGCGGAGCUUCCGCCGGAGCCACGCCUCUUCCGCCAGCUCGGUUUGGGUGCUGUCACCUGGGCCCCGACGGGGGAGGAGACCCCCGGGAACGCCACGGACGAGGCCCUGCAGCCGCUGGCCCGGCAGUUGGGAUGCUCCGAGAUACAGCUGGGCAUCGCUCCUGCCCCGCCUGGGCCCGGGGGGCGUGGCCAGCCCGCCCUGACCCCGCCCCCUCCGCCGCCUCCCAUUGGCUGCUCCCGCAUGGCCCCGCCCACCCGCGCCUCAGCCCCGCCCCCUGUGGGCGGAGCCUCUGACAGCAAUAACCCCGCCCCCAAAAGGGGCGGGGCCAAUCAAAGCACAAACCCCGCCCCCCUCGUGACUGACCAAUCGCAGCGCUUCCAGCGGGGGCGGGGCCGGGCAGGCCACGCCCCCUUUGGCCCCGCCCCCUCCGUGUGGGGGAGGGGAAUAAAAACGGCUUUGGCCAAUGGGGGAGGGGCGGCCUCGUUUUUGGGGUGACCGGUUCAAACCGGUUCAAAC